UAUGCAAAUUUUGCUGAGCAGAGAUACAAGCACAUAAGUGUGUGUGGAUAUAUAUAUAUAAGGCAAAAGAACGAUCCUUGGUUUUACUGCUAGGUCCAGUGAAUAAAGAUGGUUGGGUUGGGAAUUUUAGCAGUUUUGGGGCUUUUUAUGAGCACUGCAAAUGCAUCUUCGCUGGGAGUUGUGUACACAGAAGGAGGGUUGGUUGAGGGGAAGAAUCAUUUAGUAGGACUCUUCCGCUACAUGGACGUCUUUAAGGGUGUCCCAUUUGCCGCACAACCGGGCCGAUUCCAGAAGCCGACUCCUCACCGUGGCUGGAACGGUGUUUUGAAGGCCAAUGACUUUCCUAAGAGAUGCCUGCAACUGGACCUGAUUCAGAGUGGAACUCGUGGCAGCGAGGACUGCCUGUACCUCAACAUCUGGGUCCCACAAGGCCGCUCAAUUUCAACUGGCCUCCCUGUCAUGGUUUACUUCUUCGGUGGUGGCUACCUGGUUGGAGGCUCUCAGGGCGCUAACUUCUUGGAUAACUACCUGUACAGUGGAGAGGAGAUUGCUGACCGGGGAAACGUCAUGGUAGUGACCGUGAACUAUCGUGUCGGGGCGCUCGGAUUCCUCAGUACUGGAGAUUCAGAUUUGCCCGGAAACUAUGGUCUCUGGGAUCAGCAAGCUGCCAUCGCUUGGGUGCACAGGAACAUUAAGGCUUUUGGUGGAGAUCCAAACAACAUCACUAUCUUUGGAGAGUCUGCCGGUGCGGCCAGUGUGAGCUUUCAGAUGCUGACACCCCACAACAAAGGCUUGAUUCGCAGAGCUAUAUCCCAGAGUGGCGUUGCUUUGUGUCCUUGGGCUGUUAACAGAAAUCCUAGAGCCUAUGCUGAAGAGGUUGCUAAGAAAGUGGGUUGCCCCACUGAUCAGAGCAUGGCAGCCUGCCUGAAAAUGACUGACCCAGUCAGGCUAACUCUUGCUGGUACCCUUAACCUGAAAGGUUCUGCAACAAACCCCAUUGUGAAGAACCUGGCCCUCUCACCUGUGAUUGACGGUGAUUUCCUCCCCGCUGACCCCAGCACCCUGUUUAGUAAUGCGGCUGACAUCGACUAUAUCGCUGGAGUUAACGACAUGGAUGGCCACAUUUUCACUGGCUUUGAUAUUGCUUCUGUCAACCAGCCUCUCCAGCCUACGCCCAUUGAGGACGUCAAAGCUCUCCUGACUGCUUUGACCAGUGAUAAAGGUCUGGAAGCUUCCGCAGCUGCUUAUGAUCAGUACACUGCUAACUGGGGAAGCAAGCCUGGCAAGGACGACAUCAAAAAGACAAUCGUGGACAUCGAGACUGACUACACCUUCCUGGUGCCGACACAAACGGCUCUGUAUCUCCAUGCCAAACAUGCCAAGACGGGCCGUACUUAUUCGUACCUGUUCUCAGAGCCCAGCCGCAUGCCUUUCUAUCCCAGCUGGAUGGGGGCUGACCAUGCUGACGACCUGCAGUAUGUGUUUGGAAAGCCUUUCACCACUCCCCUGGCCUACUUUCCCAAACAUCGUAGAGUCUCCAAAUACAUGAUCGCUUACUGGACCAACUUCGCCAAGACUGGUGACCCCAACAUUGGUGAGUCGGAAGUGCCCGUAGCCUGGCCCAAGUUGACUGAAGGCGACCAGUUUGUGGAAAUCAAUAACAGCAUGGGUAAGGACUCUGUCAAGCAGAAAAUGAGAGCUCGCUACGUCUAUUUCUGGAGCACCACCUACAUGAGUUUUCCGAACGUCAGAUGAAAGUCUCCAGAGCUCUGUCUCCAAUUAUUGCUGUUAUGACCCAUCGAGCAGUCACACCAACAAUAAACUGUGUACAAUAAACCAAA